GUAUUGCAGGAGCGCUUCCAAGGUUUGAAUACUGGAUUUUCAUCAAGUUCAAAAAAUUGGGAUGAAGGUUUGUCUAAACUAUUCGAUGAAAUUCUACAGCAAGUGUUUUACAAGGUUCCAUAUGGGACACCAUUUGAUGAAGCAAGAACAGCAAGCAAAUCAAUUACAAAGAGAGACAUGAAUUCAGAAAUUUUCAUCAAAGGAACCAGUGUUCCUGGGUAUUCUACUGCACCAAGGUUUCUCCUUGGCAGCAUGGACAGAAUUUCUAUUAAUGGUCACAAUUCAGAGAAGAGGGAUAAAGAAUCCUCUCUCUCCAACAGGGAUAUAAAUGAGCCAUUUUCUGCUAUAGAUAAAGAAACACUUGAAGAAGGAGUUAGGACAGAUGUUCAAAAUAAGAACGUACCGUGUGCGCAGCUUCUGCAGUUCCUCCAGAGGAACAUCAUCAUUGCCGCCGCCUCAGUGGCGGGAAUCCUUGUGGUCACAGUGUUGUUGGUGCUGGCCUUGACCACAUGCAUCAGGAGGAAACAACUAUCGUGAGUGGCUCAUAGC